AUGUCAAGGCCUGUCUCCCAGUUUUUCACGAUCAUAGUUACUGAAAAUCAUCAACAAGAAAAGCUUGUAAAACCUUGUACUUUACCAAUAAAGUUUGUGAAGAAAUAUGGAGAAGGUUUAGGAAAAGUUAUAUGUUUAAAGACUCCGGACGGGAAAGAUUGGAAAGUAAAUUUGGUUAAGAAGGAUGACAAAAUAUGGUUUGAAAAGGGUUGGAAAGAAUUUGUAGAAUAUCAUUCUUUAUCUCAUGGUCAUUUUCUGGUUUUCAAAUAUCGAAGACAUUCCAAAUUUCACGGAGAUAUCUUUGACAAUACUAGGGUAGAGAUAGACUACCCUCUCAAAAGAGUUCAAGCUGAAAAGGUGUCCAGCAAUGAAGAAGAUUGUAGAACAAGUAAGAGAAACAUCAUACUCACAAAAGGAGCAAAGGAAAACAAGUGA